AUGACGGAAUACCGAGAAUUGACGUUGAAUGCUCCAGAAGGAAUUACUGCUGGACCUGUCGAUGAGAAUAACUUUUUCGAAUGGGAAGCACUUAUUGCUGGACCUGAAGGCACACCUUUUGAAGGUGGAUUAUUUCCAGCAACCUUGACAUUCCCCAAGGAUUACCCUUUGAGCCCACCCAGUAUGAAGUUCACUUGUGAUUUCUUUCACCCUAACGUAUAUCAAAACGGAACUGUCUGUAUUUCCAUCUUGCAUCCUCCUGGAGAUGAUCCCAACAUGUACGAAAGUAGUUCAGAGAGAUGGAGUCCCGUUCAAAGUGUCGAAAAGAUUCUGUUGAGUGUUGUCAGUAUGUUGGCAGAACCCAAUGAUGAAAGUGGAGCCAAUAUUGAUGCAUGUAAAAUUUGGAGAACAGAUCGUGAACGUUAUAAUGAAAUUGUUCGUGAAAAUGCUAGAAAAACAUUGGGAUUGUAG